AUGGCGAUCAUCGAGUUGGCCCACAUCAGCCUGAAAAACGGCCUCACCGCGACCGACCCUGCGCUCAAAGAGAACAUGAAAGAGGUCAAGAAGGUGAUUGAAGAUUACAGCAAGCUCCCGACGCUAUUCUACACGCAGAUUGAUGAUCCGUCGACCAUCUUUGUGGUCGGCGGAUGGGAAACCAAGGACCAGCACCAGCAUGGGUUCAAUGGGUCGCCCGGGCAGGAAAAGCUCAUCCACUUGAUCAAGGACCAAAUGGGUAUCGAUUGGAUGCAUUACAUGGAUGUGGAUCAGACACGGCUGCCGCUCCAUGCGCCGGUACUCGCGAUUGUCAAGGAGACACUCCCCAAGGACACGCACAGAACUGCAUUCGACCAGGACUUUGCGCGAGCUACUCAGUCUCUAGGCGGAGCACGAUUUGGGGCCAUCUCCGCUUGGAAUGUUCCUAAAGAUGAACAUGAGGACAUGGUCAGAGUCAACUUCUCGGGGUGGCAGUCGAUUGAGGAGGCGAUGGAGGCGAUUGGGAACACGAUUGAGAACGCGAAGAGGUUCAGGGUCGCGCCGAUGGACUUGAAUUUCUUUUUUACGGAAAGGACGCAGCUGGAUUGA